AUGUCUGAAACAGAAAGACUUGAGACAUCCCCAGGAGAAAACUCAUCUGGUGACACGGGCGACCGCCCAGCUAGCGAACGAGAGGCUUACUUUCAAGCUUUACGAUUAUGGAUCCAACAAGCGCAAAUGUACCAAAACCUUUCCACAUGUUUUCCUUACUACAUGAUGAGUCUGCAAGGGAUGCAAAAUAAUCAGACUAAUGUUCCUCUAUUAAAUAAUAACUACCAAUUCCAAGGACAACAGUUUCCUUUCCAAGUGCCUAUACCUCCGAGACCAGCACCGGAUGCACAGGUUCCAUUGCCGCCACUAAGUCCUGCUGAAGUUAUACAAAGACAUGGAGGGUAUGAGUAUGUCAUACCACCACUCUAUAAGCGUUUACUGGCGGAAUUCAUAGACUUUAUGUUGCUGUUUGUCCUGAAGUUGAUAGUAACUUUCAUAGCGGUUGAUAUGUUUGACAUUAUUGAUUUAGAUAAAUUUGACAUAUACAAGAUAAGUGAGAAUUAUGAUGACUAUAAAUAUGCUAUGGAACUAACAUCAGAAAUUUUACUCUUGGAAAUUAUAUACAGACUUAUUGUGUGUUUGUUAGAGGCUUAUUGCCUUAGUAGUGCUGGAGGGAGGGUUGGUGGGACAACACCAGGAAAAGGCCUCUUGGGUCUCAGAGUCGUCACUGCAGCAGCUGUAGUACCAGUUGAGGGCAGGCCAAGAGAAACAGUGCUGCUAUAUCCAGGAAGACCUUUGACUUUCACUGUAUCUCUAAUUCGUUCUCUCCUAAAGAAUUUCCUUAUUUCUCUUUUGUUUCCACUUUGUGUUAUUCUUUUUGUAUUCAGAUUCAAUCGCACCGGUUACGAUUUAUUGUGUGGUGUCAUAGUUGUUGAAGAAAACUUAUAUCCCCCAAGGAGACACGCCCCUUGA